AUGGAUGGCUAUAACCGACCGAUGGGCUUCUCCGAGAGGAGGGGAAGCAUCUUGACCGAGGAGUUGGCGCUCAAUACCGGGAAUACCACAAUGAGCAACCCCAGGAUAGAAAAACUGCCUCAGCAGCACGCUCGACAGAUCAGAGGACCUCCGACUCCGAGCAUACCCACGCCGGCGACCGACUAUGACCAACAGCUAACGGGUUCACCACCACCGCCUCCCACGCCCGCAGCGUCCCCUGGUCCUGCGCAAUGCCAACCGGACUGGAGCGAUGCUGCAGAUGACGAGGACUUCUUUCUCGCCAAGGUUCGCCAGCACUUUAAGAACUGCUCGGGUCCGCAGCGAACCAGGGUGUUGGCUGAUCUGCUCAACCUAUGCACCAGUCAACAGUUGAGUUUUGUCCAUCAGUUCGUUAGUCCGCUUCUCAAGAAGGACCCCUUCACCAGCCUACCAGAUGAGUUAUGUUUGAGGAUCUUGUCCUUUAUUGACGAUCCGAAAGUCUUGGCUCGGGCUUCACAAGUAUCAAAAAGAUGGCGAGACCUCCUCAGUGACGACAUGACAUGGAAAAAUCUUUGCGUCAAACAUGACUACGGCCGUCGGUUGUCGGAAAUCAAUACCCCGUCACCCGUCUUGCCGAUGAGGUCGGUUGCUCAUACUCUUACGAAUGCCGACUACGACAUGGUGACCAGCAGCAGUUUCCCCGGUUCAUAUCCGCUUUCCGGCCAUGGCUCUGGUUCUAGAAGUUACGACGGCACCACCAAAGUGCGACCCAAACUGCGAUCGUACAAGUCUCACUUUAAACAGCGAUAUCUAGUUGAGGCUGCGUGGAGAUCUGGCGGCACCAGUGUUCACAGAAACAUCACUCAAGAAGGCGGCGUCGUUACGAGCUUGCAUUUGACUCCAAAAUAUAUCAUUGUGGCUCUGGAUAAUGCUAGGAUCCAUGUAUUUGAUACUAAUGGAGACUCCCAGCGCACACUGCAAGGACAUGUCAUGGGCGUCUGGGCCAUGGUGCCAUGGGAGGAUACCAUGGUCAGUGGUGGUUGCGAUCGUGAUGUUCGCGUCUGGGACCUGAAAACCGGUGCUUGCCUCCAUAUACUGCGGGGCCACACGUCCACAGUCCGAUGCCUCAAGAUGGCUGAUGCGAACACUGCAAUAUCUGGUUCUCGAGAUACGACUCUUCGAAUCUGGGAUAUAAGGACAGGAUUGUGCCGAAAUGUAUUAGUUGGACAUCAGUCUAGCGUGCGCUGCUUGGAAAUCAAGGGCGAUAUCGUUGUAUCAGGCAGUUAUGAUACCUUCGCAAGAGUGUGGAGCAUCUCAGAAGGGCGAUGUCUCCAGACCUUGCAGGGCCACUUCAGUCAGAUUUAUGCCAUUGCUUUUGAUGGCAAAAGGGUGGUAACAGGCAGUUUGGAUACCAACGUCAGAGUUUGGGAUCCAACUACUGGUGAAUGUCUUGCCAUCUUGCAAGGCCACACAUCGCUGGUUGGGCAGUUGCAAAUGCGUGGGGACACUCUUGUCACUGGAGGAUCUGAUGGAUCCGUUCGAGUCUGGUCACUUGAGAGAAUGUGUCCCAUCCACCGCCUUGCGGCCCAUGACAACAGCGUGACUAGUUUACAGUUCGACGACACCAGAGUUGUCAGUGGUGGAAGCGAUGGCCGUGUGAAGAUAUGGGAUCUUAAAACUGGACAUCUUGUCCGAGAGCUCAUUGCUCAGGGAGAAGCUGUCUGGAGGGUUGCAUUCGAAGACGAGAAAUGCGUCGCCCUGGCUUUGAGGCAGGGUCGCACUGUGAUGGAGGUUUGGUCAUUUUCACCACCUGAGGAACAGCUCUAUGACCGGCCGCUCUCUCUUCAGCAGCGCUUACUCGAGGACCCCAACAGGCCUCUGAGCGCCAUGGCACUCGAUUAUAAGGCUGGAGACCCAACUGUAGCGGGUCCAAGCCGGGAGAACCAAGAUGUUGACAUGCAAGACGCUGGCGCCGCUGCAGGCCCAUCUACCGCACCGUUACAAGGCCGAAAUAAAACGUUUUUUCAUGACUAG